CAAUCAGAGUACGGGAAGAUGAGUGUGGCGUACGUAUACUCAUAACAUCAUAUCCGACUCAAACAAUGGCGCGCGUUAUGUGUGACCAUAGUUAGGACGAUAGUUUAAUCUAUUUUCUGCAGUUUAAUCCUCUACAAAAUUGUAAUGGUGACGUUCGGAGAAACUAAUUCGUAGGAAUAUUUUGUGUGACUUUACGCCUUUGAACAAGGGAUACGGUUUUACAUUUAUGCUGUCCUGAACUGCACCGGUAACUGCUGUCAUGUCCCAAAGCAACACCUCUCUCCUGGACGAGGUGGUGCAGUGGAGUCAGGAAACCUGCCGACAGGAGCUCAAGUCUGUCCUGCCAAAACUCACUUCUCUGCAUCAUAAUUCUGAGAGCUGGGAUGAUCACAUACGUAUACUCAAGAUAAUUAUAGACAAGUUCCUCCCUCAUAUUGGCUUGUCAGAGCUGGAAGAUCAGUGCUUCUCUAAGAUCUUACCAAAGGCAGUGACAGUGUUUGACAGCAUGAUGAAAGAGAUUUCAGACCAAGUUGCAGGGCUGUCGAGUCAAAACACAGAACUGUGUGCCUUUCUGAGGAACCUUCUGCAGGCAAUGAUGCAGAUAAUUGAUGCAUUAUCCACUAUCGUGCGACAUGUUGGCUCAUUCGAGGAAGCCCCUGACCUGGAUGCUAUUCGCUCAUUGCCAACAUGUAUACUGAAGGUCCUGAGGGAAACCUUCCAGCACUGCAAGGAGAGUGAGGUGGUUUACUGUGGCCGUUUGUCUCUGGUGGCAGACCUGCUGCAGGGACUCUUCAAGGAGGCCUAUUCCCUUCAGAAGGGUCUAUUGGAGCUUCUGGACAGAAUCUCCCUUGACGGCAGUGCCUCACAGGAGGAGGUCUCUAACAUUGUUACAGUGAUUCACAGCCUGCUUGAUAUCUGCUCAGUUAUCUCCGGUCUGGACAUCGCGCUGCAUGCAAACACAUGGAAAUUCCUCAUCAGACAGAGUCUGAAGUACCAAAAAUUGGUGGAGGAACAUCUACAUCACCGUGACAUAAGCACCAGCCUGUGUGACAACCUGCUGGCUGUUCUCAACAACAGUGUAGAGCUGGCUGAACAGAUAAAGUGUGCUGGUCUACAGGAGGCAACACAAAGCCCAGAAUACAAGCUGUUCCAGAAAAGUGCAAAGAUGUGCAGAUUUUUUGCCAACACUUUGGUUCAUUACAUAAAGGAAUUCAAAUUUUUUCUCACAAAGUAUUGUAGCUGCUUCCACCAGCUCUACCUCCAGGUCAUCAGUAAAUUCCCUCCCAGCUUGUGUGCCCCAACACUGCCCACAUCUCUGUCUGAAGAGCUGAAUGCAGCAGCUCUGGUUCCUAUGGAUGCCCUCCUGGUGCAGCUGUUGCCUUUAAGGCCAUUUGCUGAAGUUGUCCUGCAGCAGAACCUGUGCUUACAUCCUGAGCAUAAACUUCCUCAGUGUGUUUUGUUGGUGAAUGUGCUGGGUCAGCUGACCUCUCAGCCAGAGGAGACUCUGCAGCUUUGGUACACUGGCAGCCAGUUCUCAGAAGAGACGCCAAGACUUCCUCUCUACAGAGCCUUGUUCAUUAGUUUCCGUUGUUGCUAUACUGAGCGCAAGGUACCUGUGCGCUUACCAGGGGUGAUGAUGAAGGGUCAGGCCCAGGUCCAGAUCACUCUGCACCACCACAUAUGUGUGCACCUCUGUGCCAGUGUGGCUGCGCUUCCUCCGGUGUACUUCCCUGUGCUGGAGCGCUGUUUGAUUGAUGCUGUACUGCAGGCUGAUACACAGACAGCUUUACUGGCAGCAGAUGUGUGGUGCUUUACAGCACGGUAUGGGACAGCAGAACUUUGUCUACAUCAUGUCCUCCUCAUCGCUCAGCUGGUGAAAACCUGCACCACUGAGUGUUACCAGUCAUUGCACCUUGGCCUGCUGCUCAGACGCAUGGUUUUCCUUAUGACACCAAACCACCAGAUGGAACUGGUGAUGCGUUACCCACCAUCUGAGGUGGAAAACCUUCCAGUGUGGCAGCAUAUCCUUCUCAGAGCUCUUUCACAUGAUGCCCGUCGUCAUGUAGAGGCUGACAUCACUGGCUUCACUCAAAAAGCUCUGACUGACUGGGAGAAUGGAGGAUACAAACUGGGACAAGUGAACAAAGUGAAUAUGGCACUGUUAUCCCUCCAAGUGGUGGUUCGAGGGCAGUACUCUCCUGAAAACGAGUGCGUGUCAUCUGCAGCGAGGAUAGUCACGCAGCUGUGGUUACGAAUGAGUCCAGACCAGGUGCAGACCCACCCUGUGCUCCAGUGUACUCUGCAGCUACUUCUGACCAUGUCAGCCAUUUUAGUUAAAAACAUGGACCCUCAAGUCAUUUGUCAGGCUCUGCUGUGUGUGGAUGCUCUGGUACCUCAGAAGUGUGUGGAUCAGCUGCUGCUGGCUGCUUUGGAGUUCCUCUCCUCCCUUGGGAAGAUCUUUGUCCCUCCUGACAGACAGAGUCACAUUUUGCCAAGAUUGAGUAGCCUGUUUGGAGUCCUACUGGCUGACAGAUCCUGGCUUCUACAUCAGCAUGCCCUGGAGGCCUUUUCUCAUUUUGCAGAGAAUACAAAUCACGAGGAAGUCAUUGCCCAGAGUCUGUGUGUAGAAGAAAACAAGACUAAGGUGGUGAAUUAUCUUAGUAAGACUGUGAAUGCACAAGAAGAUGAGGAAUCACGGUUAAAGAGGCUCAAGCUGGAGACACCAGUGAUUGAGGAACACAAUGAGAAGCUGGAAUACAACACAGACAACGUUCCUAACAAACUGGCUGCUGAAGCCAUUGCUGAUACAGAGCCCUGCCCAAAGAAAGCUCGACAGGAGACUAGUACAGAGGAGUACAGCCGUUACAUCCAGACAGCUGAGAGCUCUUUAAAGGCCCUUCUGGCUCUCGUUGACGGUAAAGCCCAUAACGCUGCACCACCUCCACAGUGGUUUGAAUCCAGACUACAGGAGCUACAGACCCUCAUCACCCACAUCAGUACAGCCAGUCACACAACCUAGCAGCUCCAGUUUGUUUUCCGGCCCCAGACUGCUCACCUCUAUAUAUAAAAACUAUUUACUCAGUCUGGCCCUGUGGAAAUCUGUAUACCUUUCACUUUUUAAAACCAUCAGUCGAUUUAUGUAACUUUAUUAAAUUUGUUUGAAUACAGCACAUUGAUUUGUUGUCAUUUAGCUCUAAGUACAAGAGGAGUCUUCACUACCUGGGAGGUUACAGCAGAAUAAGAAAUUCCUGUAUAAGACACCCACACUGCGUUGGAGGCUUUUCUGUUAGCGUGUUUCUGAAACCAUGUACCAUUGGGAGUCCUGAACAACUAACCCUAACCCUUUAUAAAGGUAAAGUUGCAAAAUGUUGCUACUGUAAUAAAGAACAAUGCUGCAUCUGAUAAAGUAACACCUUUAUUUCACCAGCAACCAAAAAGCUACUAAUAAAUUAUCCAUCCAUCCAUCUUGCUUGUCCUAAAGAGGGUUGUGGGAGGGCUGGAGCCAAUCUCAGGGGACAUCGGGUGAGGUGAGGUACACAAUGGGCAGGUCGACUAAUAAAUUAUGUAAUUUCUAUUUCACAUUUACAAGCCCUCUGCAAAUCAAACCGGAUGCAUUUUUUGCCUUGUUAAAAAGUGUAUCAUGAACUUCAUGUCUGUAGUGAAAUUUGUGCAAUAAAAAAAAAAAA